UCAAGAAACAAACAAUAAAAAAAAUAAUUAUCUAUAAAAAUUAUGCUUUGGCAAAUCUAAACAAAAUUUCAAGAAAACAAAAUAUAAAUAUAUGGGCGGAGUCUUUUUGCCAUAUUUGGCGUGUUAACCUAUGAACUUGCAAUGCAUGUACACAACAGCCGCCAUUUCAAACUAAAACACAGUUGUGUGUUUGUUGACAGAUUGAGGUUUUAGUGUGUAGAGAAAACCAAAUUAAACGAAUUUUGAAUAAACAGACAUUUUUUCCCUGUAAGUGACGUCAAUUUAAAUGGAUUCCCAGUAGAAUUAUGAGUUCUGAAGUUUCAUCAUUGUAUUCUGGUAACCAUAGCCAUGCUAUACAUAGUUACUCAGCCCUACCAACACUAUGUAAAGCUGCAGAAGAUUCCAUGAAUAAUAAAACUGGUGAUUUCCAGUUUGACGAAAAUAGUCAGGGAUCAGCAAAAGAAGGAAAGAAAAGGAGAAGAAAAACACAUUUAUGGUUACAUAGACCUAAGCAGAGUACUGAAGAAGACAGCCGUAAUGGUCAUGACCAGAUCUGUUGUUUAAUUGACAACACAAAUAGAUGUACUAACCAUGCUGGUAAUGCAAGCUAUAGCAAGAGAAUACAGAAAAUAGUUCAACAGAGAAAACUGAAACUUGUUAGGGAUGAUAGUGUUUCCCAUAUCUAUAUCUGUGAUUACCAUAAGAAUGUUAUACAGAGUGUGAGAACUAAACGGAAAAGAAAAGAUUCAGAAGAUGAUAACGGUUCUCCAGAUGGGGAUGAGGAUAUCCCAGAGAUUGACUUUUUCCAAAUGCCUGUGAACACAUUAAGGAGAUAUAAAAGACAUUUUAAAUUGCCAACCAGACCUGGUAUGAACAAGGCACAGUUAUCAGAUAUUGUAGCCAGGCAUUUCAAAGGUAUUCCAGUCAUAGAAAAAGAAGCAUUGACUUACUUCAUCUACAUGGCAAAGAAUUACAAAAGCAGAUUUGAUCAGAAACAUUUAGAAACUGUUCACUAAUGAAUAAAUAUAUCUAGAUUUUCAUUCAAUGUAUUUGUCAUCUUCAGUUUGACUGAAUUAAAGCUAAAUCAUAUUAUCAUUUUACUUUACAUUUAAAAUUUUGGAAUUUAUGUACUAAUACUACUCAAAAAGUCAAGAGUUAAGUAUACACAUUAUUUGUUUGCUUGUUAAUUUUUAAGUAUAAAUGAUAGCACCAAGUAUUGAAAAAUCUAGCUUAUUUUCAUUUUUCAUUGCACAAUUACGAACUGCAGAUAUUAAAAGUAGAUUUUAAUGAAUAUUCUUAUGGACUUGUGCAACAAUAUUACUUAUAUAAUGUAUUGUAAUACUGCUUAGUCUGAAGAUAUGUUUUAUUAUUUAGCAUUUUUGUCGCUAAUAAUCAUUUGAAAAUCCACACAUAUGUGAAGUUUGUACCAAUAUAUAAUACAUGUCACACCUGUACACUUAACUUUACUGAUGCCAUUUCAUUAGCUAUUAUAAGGAAUAAAAAUCUUUUAUGAUUA